CAAUCCAUGGCCAUUGAAAAGAGAUACCCAAACCGUCGACGCAGCCCCUUAUUCAACUCACUUGAGCAGUAGAAACCUCUAUUUCCCCGAGUCAACGCUACCUAUCACCUGAAACUUAACUCUCCAGCUAAAAAUGAUGCGUUUGUCGUUCAAUGGUGUAAAAGCCACCUCCCAUCCUUUUAGGCGCCACUUCACAGCACGGAAUGAAGUCGAAAACUUCCCCGGGAUUUUCUAGCAUAACUAAAGCGUUGAGAAGGAACCGGAGCUGUCUGACUACCUAUCAUCUAGCUAUAUUAGACGCUCAAUGUAACAUUGAAAGUGCAAGGCGCGACUUUCGAGACGGUGCCUAAUAAAGGGCAGUAAACCCACUUUUCUUGUAGCAAAACCACCAACAACUCCUGAGACAACCAGACAACUAACAUCAAUAAAAGCUUACUCUAAUUGGCCGAACACUAUCUUACGGACUGAUUAGAAUAGGUACCUAUUUUUAUUGGAGAUGGAUUGAUUACUUUCUGUUUGUUAAAGAGGUAUGUCUUCCAGCUCUACGCUUCCUCUUUUCCUCCCCUGUCUACUACUGUACGACUAGAUUAACUUCAUACUUCUUGAGAUGAUUUCAUCCUCAUUAUAACGGCCAUUACUCUCUUAGGUCUCUGGUAUCGCAAAUUGACUUACAUUAUCAGUAUAUUUUAGUCACCACGAUGUCUGGGCCGCUCGUAGAGGGUCGAGAAGUAAUCGCCUCUACAAGCCGGUUUGGGCCAAGACUCUGUGACUCCUGUAACGAACUUUUCUCUGUUAUAGAAUCAAAGCUAGAACAAGGUCAGACGGGAUGGGUGGGAGUUAAUUGUCCAACACUGUCUACUUUGCGCAAUGCAGUCCGACCCAGUUGUCAAUUUUGCAUUAUGCUCGAGCCUGACAUUCAAGCCGUUGGCUCGAAGGUUCGCCGGGAUACGCUAAAACUUGUGGCAAGCAUAAAUUAUAACAAUUGUUUCGACUAUAUUUCAUUUGAUUUGAGAUCAGCUCUUCACACCACUCAAUACGUGAGCAUGACGGGGGCACCCGCUGACGUUUUUGCUUAUCCAGGCACUUCAUGCCGAGAGAAGGUGCGUAAUGAAUUGGCAUCCAUGAAAGCAUAUCAUGACCUAAAUUAUGUGCCCCCUGUCUCAACAGAGAAUCUACCAGCAUGGCAAUUAUGUCGGUCGUGGAUAGACAAUUGUAUCAACAAUCAUGACAGGUGUAAAAGCCCCUCAGACCGCGCCGGUGCGUGGUGGCCAACGAGACUUCUAUACAUUGGUAGCCCUAACGAUGGCGAUCUCAGCGGCCUGAAAAUCCCACUUCAUCCAACCCAGGAUAAGCAGCCUCAUGGGUCUUACAUGACACUCAGCCACUGUUGGGGAGAUUCUAAGAAUAUGAUAAAACUCACAAAAGAUACCUACGAGCACCGAACGAAGCAUGGCUUCUCAUACGCGGAAUUGCCCAAAACUUUCCAGGACUUUGUCCGUCUAUCUCGGUUUCUUCGCAAUGACUUCAUAUGGAUCGAUUCAUUAUGUAUAAUCCAAGAUUCCACGGAUGACUGGAUACGAGAGAGUCAGACAAUGGCCGACGUAUAUCAACAUUCAAAAUGCAAUAUCGCGGCAACUGCAUCUCAAGCGCCAAGCGAAGGUUGCUUUUACCCUCGAGAUCCCACUAGGCUCCCUCCUCUAGAAGUUAUGUUAUCCAAAAAGAGAUAUCUUUUCUUCAACAAGGACUUAUGGUAUAACAACGUCGAGCAAGCGCCGUUAAACCGGCGGUCCUGGGUUUUGCAGGAGCGUGUAUUGGCACCACGACAAAUCCACUGCGGCCGAGAGCAGCUCUUUUGGGAAUGUUAUCAAACCACAGCAUGCGAGACAUUCCCUUUCAUGUUCGACUUCCACGAGGAGCUUAGCAUGGCUACCACGAACUCAUUAAAUGUGGAGCUGACAGGCCUGGGUCUUACGAUGUUAGAAAUGAGCAAAUUGAGGUUUUCCGGAGCAAGAUACGAUUGGUUUCCAACAGACAGCCAUACUACCUACGCCGAAAUAGACAAAGUCUGUCAGUUUUCCCAUGCAUCCAGGUUCGAGGAAUCAUUAAGACGGCUCGAAGGAGCCAGUCCCGAAGAGAGAUUUGCGAAUAUGAGACAUAAUAUUUACCAAUAUUGGUCAAGCAUCGUCGAGUGGUAUUCAUCAUGCGAAUUAUCAUAUAGAAAUGAUAAGUUGGUGGCAGUAUUGGGGAUUGCUUCUCGAAUCCAAGACGUGUUAGAAGACAUAGACGAUUAUGUCGCGGGUCUUUGGCGUUCGCAGCUACCUUGGCAGCUUGCCUGGGGGUCAGUGCUAAAUUGGAAGCCUUCUACAGGGGCAAGCCCUUCAUAUCGCAAUGAUCAUGGCGGAACUCAUCUCAUGGCCCCGUCAUACGACAUCGCUCCUUCAUGGAGCUGGGCUUGCCUUAACACGAAGAUAUACUUCCCCAAUUUCCUCGGACUCGAAACCAUUGCUUUGAUAGAAAUCCUCAACGUUCACGACGGGCAUAAAAGCGCUGUGCGAGGUACUGUUGAUAGCGUUCCGGAAUCACCCUUGACACUACGGUGUCUCCUUUACAAGAUCCAUACAUGUGAAGGACCCGACUAUAUCUUACCAAACAACUAUAAGCAAGACGAUGUGAAGUCUAUAACAUUGGAAGACCCAAAGCUCGAGCUCAACGUGGAUAAAAUAGAAAUGGACAGCACAGAAAGCCGCGAUUUUUGGGAGCAGGCAUAUAUGCUGCCUAUUACGUGCGACUAUUCAAACUAUUUAGUUGGUAUAGUCGUGAGACCUUGUCAGGGAAGACCGGGGUUCUAUAGACGUAUUGCUUCAUGGUCUGAUAUUGCUUUUAGGGCUAGUCCUGGAUUUGCUGGCGCUUGUGGGGGCAGGUUAGCCCAACACGCGCGCUCAGUUAUGGAUGAGGACAGAAUGACAAUCACACUCAUUUAGUUUGCCUUGAUUCCUACUAUUACAACCAGUAUGCGUCUCUCAACCUGUAUACUCCAACACCCCGUAGUACCAUCCAUGGAUGCUAUGAAAAUCUGGUUCCACCACUGAAACGGAGGUGUUAACUAACAGUGAUGAUAAGAGCAUCAUUACGGCCGAGGGUAGCGGGGAAAAUAAGCCGAAUAACGCACAAGAUGCAACCGACCGGCCUCCACAUCUACCCCGUGGGCAACUUCGAC